UUAUCUAAUUUAUGUCAACGUUUUACAUGAACUGGUUAUUUUCUGUAUUUUCAACAUCUCGCACGUGUCAAUUUCAAGAGACAGGCCAGCUUAUGUAUUUUUCACAAUGGAUGGUAUUGACUUAUUUAAUGUGUUUCUUGCGACACAUAAAGCGCAACUUCAGUCUUACGGUGUCCCACAAUUAUUUUGGAAAGUUUUAUACAACAAGUUAAAAGAUCAGAUUUAUGAUGCUGGCCUUGUCUUUCAGUUGACAAAAGUAGAAUAUGAAAAUGGAGAGAAGCAUGUUACAGAACCAACAUGGAAGCUAAUAGUAUCUACAGAAUGUGGCAUUUCCACACAAGAUCCCAAUAAUAUUUAUCUUAUUGAUCAUGCAUGGACAUACGACGUCAGUAAUGUUCAACAGAAUUUAAUUCAAGUACCUGGUCUGCUUGAUCGAAUGUGCUUUCUCAUGGGAUUAAACACCGAGGUGGAUGAGCAAGAGAAAAUCAAGAAUGUUACGGACGAAAUGUGGCGUUACAAUCAAUCGUAUUCCGUCAACUAUGGAGAGAUAGAAGAUAGAAUGCCAGUAUGGUAUAUUAUGGAUGAGGUUGGUUCAGCGAUAAACCAUAGCAACGAGCCAAAUUUUAGAGCCGUCCCUUUUCUGCAUAUGACAGAAGGUGUAAUUACUGUAAUUUAUACGCUUCUAUUUCCUAUAAGAGACGUUGCUGCAGGGGAUGAAGUCACGAGAGAUUUUGUAGAAGGUCAGACGAAGGAUCCUAAAAAAAGACGUGCCCUAUUGUUGCCUUGGGCCCAUAGCACUUUUGAAGAUGAAAGUUUUCAACAGAACGAGCCAGAUGCAGAUUAUUUUUUAGCAGGUCAUAUUCCUGAAAGUUUGCCAGAGAACCUGGAUGCAAUCAAAACAGAUACUGGUAGAAAAUUAAAGGUAUUUUCACAGUACAGUUACGUGAAUAAUUAUUUGACAGAUCCGGCAUUUGAAAUCACCGACAACGAAGAAGAGGCGGACAUCCUGUGGCUCGUAUCUCACUACAAGACGUACAAAGAAUUAAAUGUUUCCUCGCCUCAUGUUUUUAUAAAUCAAUUUCCAUAUGAGAAUGUCUUGACAACAAAGGAUCUUUUAUCGAUUGUAUGUAGAAGAAAAGCAACGAACAAAUUGUGCGAUUCAGAUACUCUCGAGACUUAUCCAACAUGGUUACCGACGACGUAUAAUCUAAGUACGGAAUUGGCACAAUUUGUCGCUUAUUUUACGCAACGGGUAGACAAGAAUUUGGAUAAUUAUUGGAUUUGCAAACCGUGGAACUUGGCGAGAGGCUUAGAUACUCAUAUCACGAACAAUCUCUAUCACAUUCUGCGACUGCCUUGCACAGGUCCGAAAAUCGCGCAGAAGUACAUCACGCGGCCAAUUUUGUACAACAGACCGGACAUGAAUCAAGUGAAAUUCGAUAUGAGAUACGUUGUGUUGCUCAAAUCUGUAAAGCCGCUACGGGCGUACGCUUAUGCAAAUUUCUUUCUGCGUUUUGCAAAUCAACCGUUUGCAUUGAACAAUUUUGAUACGUAUAUGCAACAUUUCACCGUGAUGAAUUAUACCGAGGAGAAUCCGCUGUUUCAUAUGAAAUGCGCCGAUUUUAUUGUAGAAUGGGAAAAUCAGUAUCCUGAUUAUCCUUGGAAGACUUGUGUCGAGCCGAAGGUUCUUUCCGUUUUACGACAAACUUUCGAAGCUGCAGUCGCGCAGCCGCCGCCAAAAGGAAUAGGCGAGAGUCCGCAAAGCAGAGCCGUUUACGCCGCCGACUUGAUGUUGGAGUGGAGAGACUGCGAAAUGCAGCCCAAGCUGUUGGAAAUAAAUUUUACGCCCGACUGCCAGCGGGCGUGCGAAUAUUAUCCAGAGUUCUACAAUGACAUUUUUAAAUGUUUGUUCUUAGAUAUCGACAAUUCAGAAGUAUUUCAUGUAUUGGAUUCAGCCGGAGAAUAAUAUCAGACUGUUUAUAUAAUUUA